AUGAACAGUCUGGGCGUGUUUAGCACCUACAUAGGCUCGCACCAGCUGUCAAAGUAUGAGGAGGGUACCAUCGGGUGGGUGUUUUCUGUCUACACCUUCUUGAGUUUCGCCUGCGGCAUUUUUGCCGGGCCCUUGUUCGAUAAGUACGGACCCAGGCAGCUCAUUUUGACUGGAUCGGGGUGUCAAGUCGCCAGCAUUAUGCUUCUUGGCAUUUGUACCGAAUAUUGGCAUUUUAUGCUCACCUUUGGCGUGCUGAACGGCAUUGGAACGUCUCCUCUGUUCAGUCCCUCAAUUGCUACCGUAGGCCACUGGUUUCACAGGCGUCGUGGCCUAGCGACUGGAAUUGCUACGACCGGUGGCGCGUUUGGAGGCAUCGCGUUUCCUAUGAUUCUCAAUGCGCUGAUUGACUCUGUUGGGUGGUCCUGGGCCGUCCGCUAUGUAGGCUUCAUCUGCCUCUUUUGUUGCGCUUCGUCCUUGCCACUGGUCAGAGCCAGACUUGCACCUCCUAAAGAUGCGAAAUGGGGCCCUGAUUUCCGGAUACUGGCUGAUCCGGCCUUUGCUUUGACGACAUUGAGCAUUUUCCUGCUAUUUUUCGCAGGAUUCAUACCAUUGACGUAUAUACCGGCAUACAUGUUGAAGGAGGGAUUCAACUCUGACAUCAGUUUCCAAAUACUACCGGUAUUCAAUGCAGCCAGUGCAGUCGGGCGUGUCAUGGCCGGCUGGUGGGGAGAUCGCAUCGGCGUUUUCAACUCCAAUUCGGUUGCCAUCGUGGUCAGCGCUACUGCCACAUUUGCCAUCUGGCUACCUUUCGGAUCGAAAACCGCGGGAAUCGCGUUAUUUGUCGUCAUAUUCGGUCUGGCAAACGGGAACACCACCAGCAUCAGCCCCGUUUGCGUCGGAAAGCUGUGCAAGACUCAGUCCUACGGCCGAUACUAUGCGACGGCCUACACCAUUGCCAGUAUCGGGAGCCUGAUCGGAAUUCCCGUCAGCGGAGAGGUUAUAACAGCUUCACGGGGUGAUUAUUGGGGGAUCAUCGUCCUAACGGGUGCUCUGUACGCCGUGUCUUUCGUGACUCUGUGGGCAGCAAAGGUUGCACGCGUGGGGCCGGGAAUUUGCGUACGGUUUUGA